UCUCUCUCUCUCUCUCUCUCUCUCUCUCUCUCUGUCUCUCUCUAAGCUUCUCUCUGAUGAAACAGCAAAACUCAGCAAAACGGGAAAUCCCUUCAAGCUCAUUCAAGUUCAAAGCCUUGUGUUUGUACGGAUGAGAGAUGAGGAAGCCUCGAAAUGGACCACCCUCCUUACCUGUAAGAUGCCACAACGGCAACACCAACAACAUUAAAAAAUGCAAUAACUACAGGAAAAGCUUGUACGAGCUCUCUCUUUCCUUGAUUCUCUCGCUUUGGUGUCUUGUUUUCUUGUUCUAUUCUAAACUUGGCCUUGGCCAAGGGAAUGGAGGGCUUUUAUUUUCUGAUAACAGAAGCACAAUUUGUAGCGGCGGUCAGCACUGCGAUAACAUAAAUUCUCAUGUAGCAAAUGGAAGCAACAAACAAUCAAAUUGGAUGCUUUUAGAGUUUAACACCUCUAAAAGCUGUAACAAGUCCCGCAUCCAGCAGAAUUAUUCGACUUCCAAGUACUCGGACCCUGAAACUAACAGAUUAGAAGUGGUUUGGAGUGUGUUAGGAUACAAUGGUUUAGCUUGUGAAGUACAGCAAAGACAAGAACAGAAGGCAAUUGGAGGAGAACAACUUCCCAAUGGAAGUUUUCUUCAUCCCACUUAUCUCAACCUUGAUGAUUUUCGAAACAUAACAAGGCAAGAAAAGGGUCAGGAGACACCUGCUCAGCUUGUUAACAUAACCCACCGGCUUGAAACUGAUGGAGCUGAAUACAAUUACGCCUUGGCGUCUAAGGGUGCGAAGGUGGUAGCUCAUAAUAAGGAAGCGAAAGGACCAAGCAACAUACUUGAAAAGGAUCAUGACAAGUACCUAAGAAAUCCUUGUUCUGUGAGGGAAAAGUUUGUUGUGAUUGAGCUUGCCGAGCAGACUCUGGUUGAUGUUGUCAAAAUCGCGAACUUUGAACACUACUCUUCCAACUUCAAGGAGUUUGAAUUGUCCAGCAGUUUAAGAUAUCCGACCGAAGUGUGGUCCCCACUGGGACACUUUGUUGCUUCAAAUGUCAAGCACACUCAAACUUUCAAGCUUCCUGAGCCCAAGUGGGUAAGAUACUUGAAACUAAAUCUUACGAGUCAUUAUGGAUCGGAGUUUUACUGCACUCUGAGUGUUGUAGAGGUGUAUGGGGUUGAUGCAAUCGAGCGAAUGCUUGAAGAUUUGGUGGCCUCUGCCGAACCGGCUACAAAUAAAUCACCGGAGUCUAAUUCAAGUGCAUUGCCUGCUUCAAAACCAGAUGCUGCUUCAAGUGACCAAAGAAGCGCAGAAGGUCAAAGUGGGAACCAAAAUUCCAGUGUAGGGACAGAAAAGAUUGAUGAUGCACAAAAACCAUCUUCAGAUGCUACCAAAAGUCCAACAGUCUCAGGCAAGAUUAUCAGCAAGAUUCCUGAUCCUGUUAUGGAAGUUAGACAGCAGACGAAUAGUAGAAUUCCCGGCGACACGGUUUUGAAGAUUUUGAUGCAGAAGGUGAGGUCACUUGAGGUGAACUUGUCUGUUCUAGAGGACUAUAUCAAAGAAAUGAAUAGGAGACAAAGAGAUCUUUUGCCAGGUCUUGAUAAUGAACUAGCAAAGAUAUCAUUGCUUUUGGAGAAAAGCAAAAAAGAGAUUAAAGAUCUCUUGGAGUGGAAGGAGAUUUCGGAAAAAGGGAUUACUGACCUCGAGUCAUGGAAAGCUCUUGUCUCAACUCAGCUGGAUUCACUGGUAUCAGAAAAUAACAUAUUGAGACUAGAGAUGGAAAAGAUAGAAGAUUUUAAGGCAAGCUUGGAAAGCAAGGAGCUCGCUGUGCUAGCGAUUAGUAUUCUCUUUGUUUGUUUCUCAAUUCUCAAAAUAGUUUCAGUACAAAUUUUGACAUUUUUUAGACCCUCUUCCUCUCAGUCUGGUAAUAAAAUGUGCAAGACAAGUAGAGGUUGGGUUUUAAUCCUUGUUAGCAGCAGUAUGACAGUGUUCAUUACAUUGAUAUAUAGCUAG